AAAUCUGAGAGCAGAGAAGAAGAAGAAGAAAACAAAAACAAAAACUUCUCUUCUCUCCUCAGCUUCCAGUUAUUACUAUUAUUAUACUACUACAAAAACUCUUUUUCAAACAAACAAACCAGUACAGUGUGUACAGUCACUUGUCUCUUCUACUUCACUUCAGUUUCUGGGUCUCUUCCUUUAUUUCUUUCUUUUUCUCAGUAAUGGGUUCUAGAUUUCAAUGGCAAUGAUUUGUUUUAACUUGUCCCUCUCGAGUUCUGAACUGGGUUUUUGUUUAUUUUUUGUUCAUUCAACUUGUUCUUGUACAUAGAAAUCUGAUCUGUCAGUUUUCAUCUUUCUAUAGAUUCUGCGAACACCCAAAAAAAACAGUAGUUAGCAAUGGAGAACCCCAAAAACUUUUCAGUUGUACAAAUCAAAUCAUCACCAGAGUUUUCAGAGAAAGAAAAAGUUAACAAGAACAGCAAAAGAUACAAAUGGAUUCUUCUUUUAAAAGCCCACAAACUCAUUGUUUUCCUUACUUGGUUCACUAAUGGGUUUAGAGCUUUACAUUCAAAGAUUAAGAAAAGAAUUGCAAAUUCGGAAAAAAUACAUAACAACAGAGGAAAGUUAUACAAGUUCAUUAGGAUUUUUCUUAUCAUUUCAAUGGCAGCUUUGAUCUUUGAGAUUAUUGCUCAUUUUCAGAAUUGGAAUUUACGUUUGAUCCAACCAAUGGAAGUUGAAGGUCUGCUUCAUUGGUCUUAUGUUGCUUGGUUGUCAUUCAGAGUUGAUUAUAUUGGUCCUGUUGUGAUAAUGCUUUCGAAAUUCUGUAUUGUCUUGUUCAUGAUUCAAUCACUUGAUCGUUUUGUUCAAUGUAUGGGCUGGUUUUGGAUCAAGUUUAAGAGAAUUAAGCCGGUUAUCGAAGAACCCCCGAAUACUGAUGAUCCUUCAAGCUAUCCUAUGGUUCUUGUUCAGAUUCCAAUGUGCAAUGAAAAAGAGGUGUAUGCGCAAUCAAUCUCGGCUGCCUGUCAGUUAGAAUGGCCAAAAGAUCGAGUGCUAAUUCAGGUCCUAGAUGACUCAAACGAUGAGACUGUGCAAGUACUAAUCAGGAAUGAAGUCAACUAUUGGCACGAGAAAGGAGUGAACAUAAUUUACAGGCACCGAUUUGAUCGUACCGGGUAUAAAGCUGGGAAUCUUAAUUCAGCGAUGACUUGUGAUUAUAUCAAAGAUUAUGAAUUUGUGGCUAUAUUCGAUGCCGAUUUUCAGCCAAAUUCAGACUUCCUUGUACAGACAGUUCCUCACUUCAAGGGCAAACCCGACGUAGGCCUUGUGCAAGCUCGCUGGUCAUUUGUGAACACAGAUGAAAACCUGCUUACAAGGCUCCAAAAUGUGAAUUUAUGUUUCCAUUUUGAAGUGGAACAACAAGUUAAUGGUCAUUUCUUGCACUUCUUUGGAUUCAACGGAACUGCAGGCGUCUGGAGAAUUAAGGCUCUAGAGGACUCUGGAGGAUGGUUAGAGAGAACCACUGUGGAAGACAUGGAUAUUGCGGUGAGGGCUCACCUGAACGGGUGGAAGUUCAUUUUCCUCAAUGAUGUCAGGGUUCUUUGUGAACUACCAGAGUCUCAUGAGACAUACAAGAAACAACAACACCGCUGGCAUUCAGGUCCUAUGCAACUCUUUCGAUUAUGCCUUCCAAGUAUCAUAAGAUCAAAGAUUUCCAUUUGGAACAAGUUGAACCUGAUAUUUCUAUUUUUCCUUUUACGGAAACUGAUUCUUCCAUUAUAUUCCUUCACAUUGUUCUGCAUUAUUCUUCCGUUGACAAUGUUCGUACCCGAGGCAGAACUACCUGUUUGGGUAAUCUGUUACAUACCCAUUUUCAUGUCAUUCCUAAAUAUCCUGCCUUCACCACAGUCAUUUCCUUUCUUAAUACCUUACCUACUUUUCGAGAACACAAUGUCUGUGACCAAAUUCAAUGCAAUGAUCUCGGGACUCUUCCAGUUAGGUAGUGCCUAUGAAUGGGUGGUAACGAAAAAGACUGGACGAUUAUCUGAAGUCGAUUUAGUGUCAAUGGCAGCUGAAAUGGAAUUCAAGUCAUCAAACCAUCAAUCUCUUCUUCAGAGAAGAGCUUCUGAAUCAGGUUUAGAGUUGUUGAAAAAGCUACGAGAGCAUGAAGAAGCCCCGGUGGUUAAAAAGAAGAGGAACAGACUUUACAGGAAGGAACUCUUUCUUGCUUUCCUUUUGCUUACUGCCUCCGCGAGGAGCUUGUUAUCAGCUCAUGGUGUUCAUUUCUAUUUCUUGCUGUUUCAAGGGCUCUCAUUUCUGGUCGUGGGUCUUGAUUUGAUAGGGGAACAAGUGAACUAAUAAUAGUAUCAAUUUAUAUAAGAUAAAUGAGAGACAGAGAGUAGUUUGCAAUUGCAUCAAGUACUCUUUUGAGCUUUCAGACAUUCAAAUAAUUUAUACUGUAAUUUGGCGAAUUAGUCAAAUUUUCAUCAAUCUGUUUUUAUUGGAUUAAUUUUUAUA